CUCAGGCAUCGGUAUAUAUGAAAACUGACAGAUCUCUACUUUUCAGCGUGAACAAUCAGUUACAACACAAUUUUAAACUAAACUGUUAUGAACAUGGCCAUGUUUUAUUUUCAUGAAUGGUCAGUUGCAGUGAGGUGUGAAGCAGACCAAAAAUGCCUCCAAAGAAGGUAAAGGCAAAAGGGGUGGCUGUGGAUUUGGGGGAUCAGAGACUUCGCUGUGAAUGGGGAGAAUGCAUAGAGUCUUUUGUCUCCAUGCAGACGUUCAUCAAACAUAUGACAAAUCAUAUCAGCGACUACUACAAGACAUGGAAUGGACAUCAAUCAGGUCUGUUUGAAUGUAAAUGGAGAGAGUGUGGCUCCCAUGUAUCAGGACAGACCACAGACUUCAAUCGACACGUGUACUUCCAUGCUUUCCAUGUGAAAAUAAAAAAUGUGGGAACAGCCGUAGUGGAGAAGAGUAAGCUGACGCCUUGUCAGAUGGAUGGACAGAGUAGAAACCUCAUACCAGAACUCCCAGAGAGACUACAUUGUGGCUGGAGUAUGUGUGAGGUGGUGUAUGAUAACCCUGAGUACUUCUACAUGCACAUGGACAUGCAUGCCUCCAACUAUCCAGAUGGUAACCAUGUUCCAGGAGGUUGCAGGUGUCAGUGGGAAGGUUGUGAUGUGACAGUGAAGAGUAAGUACAAGUUACGAGAGCACCUGCGGAGUCAUACCCAAGAGAAGAUGAUAGCCUGCCCUGUGUGUGGUGCUCUGUUUGCCAGCAGGACCAAGUUCCUUGAUCACCUCAGGAGGCAGGGCAGUGUGGAAGGUAACACAGUCCAAUGUUAUGAAUGUUCUCACUGUAACAAACGGUUCACAUCAGAGAGGUUGUUGAGGGAUCACAUGAGGCAUCAUGUGAACCAUUACAAGUGCCCAUACUGUGACAUGACCUGCCCCACCCCUUCUGGUUUACGGAACCACCUGCGCUACAGACACACCGAGGAUCGACCAUACAAGUGUGACCAGUGUGAUUACAGUUGUAAAUCCUCACAUGAUCUCCGCAAGCACAUUGACACUCACACAGUCAUGAAGACGUUUCAGUGUCACAUGACAGCCUGCAAGUUUCAAACCAGAAGCUAUCAGAGCCUAUCACAUCAUUUUACUAAGGAGCAUCAGGGUUUAGAACCGGCCCGUUAUGCCUGCCAUGUUUGUAACAGCGUGUUUACCAGGGGACAUCAUCUGACUCUGCACCUCAAGCGAUUACACAAGUUUAAGUGGCCUUCAGGACACUCCAGAUUCAGGUACAAGCCUAAUGAGGAUGGGUUCCUUAGGCUGCAGACUGUGCGCUAUGAGAGUGUGGAAUUAAUGGAUCAGAUGGUGAAUGAUUCCUCCUCCAGUUCGUCUGCUAAUCAGCCAGAGCAGAAUCAGGAAAAUGUGGCACCUGCUCAGAAAACAGAUUCCUCAUCCAAUGUCCAGCAGCAGGCAUUGGCAACAGAUCAUUUGACCUCCAACAUGGCCACAGCUUCUGACACAUACAAAUCAGUCAGCAGUGAGAGUACUGACACAGACAAUAUGGCCUACAAUCUGCAAAUGUUAGGUGAUGUGGCGUUACAUGGCCCAUCAAGUACAACCAAGACUUACCAGAUGAUUUUACCCAGACCUGAGAUCUCUCAACCCAAUAGUGAUGAGCCGUUAUGUCAAGGUACCAGUCAAGUUACAUUGCAGGAAGCUAGUCAACAAAUUAUGAAAAGUACCAGUCAGGUGUCUGUCAGUAAUUUGAGUUCUACACAAGCAGCAGUCCACUGUCAUGUAGUGCCUAAUUUAGUCAGUAUUAGUCAGACAGAUUGUAACCAAGAGGCAGGGACACCUCAUAUCAUCACCUUGGAACACAUGGACCACUCUCCUGAGGGUGGUGAAGUGUAUACAUUCAGUGCCCCAGGGCCAGGCCAAUCUGUAUGUUACCAUGUGCCCUCUCAGUUUGUGCCCGAAGGGAAUCAGUCUCGUGGCUUUGUGCUAUGCAGUGCCUCCAUGGAGGUGGUCUCAGAAGAGAGUGGGCGGGAUGGCACGGAGGGGGCUGAAGACGAGGGCAUGGAAGGAGGAGAGGCUGAUAUAUUCCGACUGCAGAAGUCUAAAUCUAGAGACAGUCGGAGAACUCCAGUCCAGAGUCUGGGCACUUCUAGGUAGCAGAACUCCUGAGUAGUUAACGGGCCUUUCAUGUGAACCUAGUUGUGAGUGAGGCUGAUGUGUUCACACCACAAUAAACCAACCCGAAAGUAGAGCUGUUGGUAAUCCCAAGCUUUGAUCUUCAUAGAUCACCAGAUCUAGACAGUAAUGUCUUGUAACUGUCUGGAAGGAAGGAAAGCAUGGGAAGCACAGAGGGUUAAGAAGUGCGUAAUGUAGAGAGCUGAUUAAGGUGUGCAAUGCAUCGGUUGUGGGUUCAUUUCCCUCCUUGGACAGGGAAUUUGUGGAGAUGCCAGCUUUCACAGUUCAUAGGAAUAGGAACCUUGGUGGCCAUAAGUUGUCAAGGGCAUCAGUCCACACAAUUUUACUAUCAUUGAUGACCAGUUAUAAACGGUGAGCAAGUCUGUACGUCAGAAAUGUCAAAGUUUAUCAGAUGGU